AUAUUAAUUUCUUUUUUUUUUCCAGGUGAGCUAUGAGGAAACAUAAGCUACCAAUCAGAUAAUGCAGGAACUUUUCUAGAAAAUGGGAUGCAUUUUCACAAAACCCGAACGGAAUGGUAGACACAGAAAAAUUUUCCGUGUGUACAAUGUUGAUGAACACGGUGAAGAAUUGAAUCAUGGGAAGAUUGAAGUAACAGAUUCCGAUCUGAUACUGUAUCAUCGCCAGAAAGAGAUCCGAUGGCCCCUACGAUGUCUGAGGCGGUACGGAUGGGAAGAGGAAUUAUUCUCUUUCGAAAGUGGUCGUAGAUGUGCGACUGGACCAGGAAUAUUUGCUUUCAAGUGUCAGAGAGCCGAGGUACUGUUUAAUACUGUGCAAGAAUCCAUCCGUAGAGCAGGGCAGAGUGAACAAAGUGUGCAUCAUGUGGAAAAUACUCAUAACAAUAGUCGUCCACCAUCCAUGAUUGAAAUCCCCGAUUUUCAGAACAGGAAUGGUAACCAUUCAAACGGAAAUCCACACCUACCCCAAAUGAGUAUGGAAAAUUAUGUCAACCAGGUAACAGUCGAUAGUAGGAGCCAGUAUGCAAAUACUAUGCCCCCCGCUAAUGCCACCCAGAGUAUAUUUGAUAUUCUUCACAUGGACGUUCCUCAACCAAGCCAGCCCGUACCUCAGCCCAACAGUAUCAAUUACACUGACUUAGUGUUCACGUCCAGUGAUGAUAGUUUGUGUAAUAAUGACAAUAGUCCGGAGCCAGAGGAGGGCUCACCUGUGAAUACAGAGGAUGUGUUCUUAGAUGACAAUGUUCAAAACUAUGUGAAUGUUCAGCCAGAUAAGCAGCCGGCUAGACCUCCACCCCCUGUCUUAACCCGUAGAGACACCAACGGAAUGACUAAUUAUAGUAAUCAGUCUAGUCUGACUACAAUGGACCAAUCUGGUUGUCUGUAUAUAACGGUGGACACUGGGUCAGUUUCUGCCCCCGUGGCCCCCGCUCCACCUGCUCCAGUAAGAGAGCAGCCCCCCACGUACGCUGUGAUAGACAUAGCUAAGUCAGAAGCCCUACAAAAUACACAGAGAGACAGAGUCAGUAGUCGGUGGGAGGAAAAUGAUAACUGCAGUCGCAAAACGCGGCACAAUAGCACGUUCGACUAAUUGUCAGUUAAAUAUGGAGGCAUUGAAAGGAUCCAUUAUCAAGGGUAAUUGUUUGUAGUCAUAAGUGAUAUUAACCAUUUUGCCAUCCAGAAGGAGAAAUUGUAUUCUUCAAAUUCAUUAUCUGAAUUACGUGUUAAAAUACAACAUAUUUUGUUUUAUUUCUCCAUAAGUAUUGGCCAAUGUAUUUGUCUAAAACAAAGGUUGUUGAACAUACAGUUGCACAGUCAAAUUGUUAUUUUGACAAGUCUUUCAAAAUGACACGUGAAAAACUUUAUAUGUGUGUAUUUAUGCUUUCAUUAGAGACAUUUACAUAAUAUGUCAUUUUUUUCUUUAGUGUUUUUUUUAUUUAUACAUCCAGGUUGUAUAAUAUAAUUAAUUAACUUUUUUUAUUUCUCUUUUCAUGACUGUAAUAUCUAUAUUUAAUUGGGGAAAAUUCUUAUUGGUGGGUGGUCAGCUAUGUUGUUGCAUGUUUUAUUAGACGGUAUCUUGUAAAAAUAUGUUUGAGAUCAAAUACUGUGAUUCUUUACUAAAUGAGAACAACUUGGUACAAUGACAGAGGGUAAAUAAGUCUGGUUUUUAUUGUAGAAUAAUCAAUAAACCCAUUGUUUAAGGCACUUCAAAAAAUUAAAAAAAAAAAAAAAAUA